AUGCUUAAACAGCAGUUACAGUCACUUGAACUUCUCCUUCAACUCCUUCAACGUCUAUGUAAACUUCCGAAGCAAGUUAAACAAAUUCAUUCCUUGUUAAUUACACAAGUUCAUAUCCUCAUUACAGAUAUAUUGAUCAAUACCCUCCUCUACAACACACUCAUCAGAACAUACCUUAAUCUCUCUAGUCCACACACCAGCCUCAUCCUCUUUGUUAACAUGCUUCGCCAUCGGGCCCCGCCCAAUAGCCACACUUUCCCCUCUAAUCGCACCCACGAGUUUCUCGUUAAAUGCUCAAUGCCGAACGAGGCAACUUUUGUAAGUGUUCUCUCGUCUUGUGCGAACAUGGAUGAUGGCUUUGCUUCAAAACAGGGAAAGCAAAUUCAUGGAUACAUGAUAAGAAGUGAGAAGGAAUUGAGUGUUAAUAUUGGAACGGCAGUGAUAGCAUUUUACGGGAAAAUGGGAUGCUUAAAUUUGCCUUGUGCUCGGAAAAAGCUCGUAGACUUGGGUUUGGAUUUGUUUCGAUCAAUGGCGCUCGAUUUUUACAUUACACCAAGAAUGGAACAUUAUGGAUGCGUGGUUGAUCUCUUGGGUAGAGCAGGUCUCUUGGCGACCAUGCCUUUUAAGGCCGAUGCCUCUGUCUUGGGUGCGCUUUUGGGUGCUUGUAGGGUUCAUGGGGAUAUUUGCUGCUUUCAAGCAUUUAUGCUGGAGCGGGAAUAUGGGACCACGCGGCUACCUUGCGGAAAGUAA